UUGUGCACAUUAGGAACAACUCACAUUGUCAAUGUCCAUUAAGUUAAUCUGUAUUGAAAUCGGAAAAUAAACCUUGCAGCCAUGCCCUCAUUUGUUCUCAAUAUCGUCUUUCCCUGAUGGAAGAAAUUUAGUACAGCAACUAUUUGGUGUACAAGGAAUGUUGAAAUGGAAAGAAUUGAGACCAUCAUCAGAAAAAAAGAAGUCUGGAGUCCAAAUUUUACCUUCCAAAUUUUAUUUGGAACAAAGUUCAUUGUAAAUAAAAAAUCCACGAUGGAAAAUAGUGAAGAAACGGUGAAGUACUUUCAACACAAUGGCAUCAUAUUCUGUUCAGGGAUACACUCAGUUGAGCAACUUGAAUGGCUGAAAGAUUUCAACAUAGAUCCAGAUAUUCCACUCCUCAUCACUUACCCCAAAUCUGGAACUACUUGGAUGCAGCAGAUCAUAAGUCUGAUUUUAUGUAAUGACAGUGAUUCCACAAAAGAGAUGAAUCUCUAUCAUAGAGCCCCAUGGAUAGAGAGUACUCGAUUCAAGCCUGAAAACACAGACUAUCAGCUAUUGACAACACACUUAAACUACCAAAUGGUGCCAAAUUGUGUGAAAAACAAAAUGCACAAGAUUAUUUAUGUUGCCAGAAAUCCCAAGGAUGUGAUUGUGUCAUCAUACUACUUUCACAAAUAUAGCCGUUUCUUGAAGGAACCGAAGGAUUUUCAGGAAUUUUUGGAGCAAUUUGUUGAAGGAAAUGGUAUGGUUUUUUGCUAA